AUGAUAGCAUUCUCAAUUCUGAGCUUUGUAUUGGUGCAAUUGGUUUUUGCUCAAGAUUCCAAUUGUCCAUCCGGAUUUUUCUAUCAGUCAGAUUUAGACAUUUGCUUGAAAGGAUCGACUGUUCCUGCUAAAUGGACGGAUGCAUUGUCUCUUUGUCAAUCAACACUCAACGCUGAUCUCCUCUCCAUUCACAAUGCUUUCCAAAAUAGUCUUUUGGCAAGUAUACAACAAAAUCUAACGGGCGCGGAUCGUGGUUAUUUGGGAGCUCUAUACUUCAACGGAAACUAUCGCUGGAGCGACGAUACACUCUUUGAUUAUCAACGUUUUGAGCCAACAAAUGAAGUGGGAGGCGAUGUUGUGACAUUGAACUCAAACGGAACUUGGCAAGUAGCGUACAGCAGCGAUCUCUUGCACUAUCUCUGUGCAUCGCCAAAGAUUGGCGAUGUUACAAUUCCGGCCGUUCCCACACCAAGCACCAAUCUUUCGUGCAUUGAUCGUGAAUCCCAACCGGUUGGCAGCUGUAAGCAGGGCUGGCAAUACUCAUCCGAGACAGGAUAUCUUUAUUUGGUUCUCCAAGGCCUUACCAUUCAUGAGGCAGAUACGGAAUGCAAGAGCUUAGGCGCAAAGUUGAUCUCAAUUCACUCAAAAGUGGAAAACGAUUUUGUUACUGGCCUUUGCUGUGAGACAAGUUGCCGAAACUCUGCUGUUUAUCUGACAGGUGGUAUACGGCAAGUGAAUGGUACAUCAACAUGGAGCGACGGUUCUUCAUAUGAUUAUGAAGCGUAUCUUUGUGUUGACUAUCUCAUCCGUGAAGCGAGUUAUAUCUUUGUUUCAAAUUACAACGAUCGCGAAUGCAAGACAAGAUUCUCUCCAGAAUGUCCCCCGGGUUCAUGGAGUUUGAGCCCCGACUUCUUCAGCCAUAUUACCUAUUCAGCUUUGAAUACGAUU